UACGUCAUCAUUUAUUGCCUCUCUUUAUAGUUUUGCUUUUAAUCGUGAUGAGCGCACAUUGAGCGGGAUUUAUUGUUAUCAUGAAAGUAUAAAAGACUUGAACGAAUUCAGUUGUUCACUGGCUUUGCGAUAUGUCUGCGGCGACGAUGAGCACCACUCCGAACAAGCUGAAUCUAUUAGUCAACAAACUGCACGAGUACUUGGCUCAUUCUACUGUUGAGGACAGCAAUGGUUCACCAAACUCAGAGGAUGCUGAUGAUCGAACGAACAGGAGCUGUUCUGUGGGAAACUCAACAGGCCACGAUGCAGCAGAGGCAGGAAUGGAUAGCAGAUACUCAAGGAGGAAACCGUCUGUUGUCAUAAAGCACUCUGGCCUGGAUGAAUCCGGGGACUCGAGUGCGAGUGAGGAGGUGGUGUUACCUGUCAAUGUUAAUGGACACCUUGAUAUUACCAGACUGCCAAAAGGCACAGUACUGGUGAGGCCUGAACCUGUUGAUAAUGGAAGAGAUGACUUCAGGGGUCCUGAGUUUCGCAGCCGGAAAUCAGGCGUAAUGCGGAAAGAGUUCUCAAGAAGACGUGGAGAUGACAUGGGAAUUGUCAGUUGCACCGCAUGUGGUCGACAAGUUAACCACUUCCAGAGAGAUUCCUUCUGUCGACAUCCAGCUCUGAAAGUGCUUAUUUGCAAGUCGUGCUACAAGUAUUACUCAAGCGAUGACAUCAGUAAGGAUGGAGAUGGAAUGGAUGAACAAUGCAGAUGGUGCGCCGAAGGAGGCAACUUGAUCUGUUGUGACUAUUGUAGUAACGCCUUCUGCAAGAAGUGUAUUCUCAGAAAUUUGGGAAGGAAAGAGCUGUCGGGGAUCCUGGAGAGCAAGUGGUACUGCUACGUCUGUAGCCCGGAGCCUCUUUUUGACCUGGUGAUGGCCUGUGACAACGUCCUGGAGAACAUGGAGCACAUGUGUCAGCAGCGCAGGAGGAACCGAGUAGACCUGGGAAAAUCUGAACUUAACCAGGUGUUGCCUAACAUGACGCAAAAGUGUUUCAUUCCUUUGGAUAAAUGGGAUCACACUGGCAUGGAUGGCAAUGUUGUGUUUAACUAUAACACACUGCAUAUUUCCAAGGAUGUUACCAAAAAAGCCAAACAUUUAGUGGACUCAACCAACAUCUUAAACCGGACAUUUGUCAAUUUCAUUCAUACUGUGACGGCAAAAAAACAAACACCUGCUGUUCGCAGUCUUUACCUGAACUCUUUUUUAUCAGUAGUUAAAGGUUUGAGAAAGUCCCUUGCGGCACUUGAGGAUAGCCUGAAGGAAGAAUUCAGUGACUUGGAUGUGAUGAGCUACUGGGAAAAGUUCUUUAAUGAUGAAUUUGUUGCACAACCUGGAACUGCAGCAGGCACUGGUGUCCCUGAUGAGAGGUGCUUGAGUGACCUGCAGAAAUUGGCAUCUGAGCAUUUGGAUGAUUAUGAUUCUGACUCCAAGGGCUUGGCAGAUCAAAGAAACACACAUUCCUGCCAUGGGGAAAAAAUGGAUUCAAACUCGCAUGAAGCUGGAGAGAGGACACAAAAGAAUGAAGGAGAGGUUAACAUGACUAAAACUCUAGUAGUAAAACUUACACCCGUACCAAUGGAGCAGGAGCCGUCCCCCGAUACCACGAAGAUGACGAAGGACACGAACGAUAAAGAGUCGGAGGAGAGCGAUGACUCGGAAGAGGAGGAGACGGGUCUCGGUGGUGAUAAAGCUGACAGCAGGAUGAGCAACGACAACUCUAGUGCGUCCUUAUACCCAGAAGAGGAACAAGGAAAAAGACGCUCUCCUCGUGUGAAGACGACACCUUUGCGUCGGCCGAGUGACGUCAAGGCCAAAACGCCACGCUCGGCGCCAGAAAGCGACAGCGACUCCGACCCUGAGGAAACCUCCUGCACGGUGCCCGACAAAAACACUGAACAGCAAAGUCUGAGCCAAGCGAGAGACGACUCCGACUCAGAUGAAGUUCCAGCAGCUCUGCUUGAGCGAGCGGCGAUGACUAACAGCUCAGACGAACAGCAGAGUGAUGAGAAUGGUGACAAGGCGUCAACAAAGGUGGCGAAGAAAUGUCUCUUUUGGCACACUAAGAACACUCCGAUCUCACCGGAGAACAUGCGCCGCAAACGCAAGAUGAUGGACCGUUCCCCCGAGUCUAACACAAUAAUCAGAAGGGUGAAAUCUCGAAGGGAAACUGGGAAGGAUUCCUCUAGCGAUGAUCAAAGCUCGCAGAAGGAAAUGCAACGCUUGAACAAGCUGAGGCCGAUCGGGAAAUCUAAUCUGAUCAAAAGAGAGGAUGAAGGCGUGGCGAGGAAGCAGGGAACGAUACAGCAGGCGCGGAAGUUUGGGGCUAAAUCCCGGCGGAAAGUGAUGGAGUCGUCGUCCUCAUCGAGCGAAGAUGACGAUGACGACGAUGAAGACGACGAUGAAGACUCUGAAAGCGAAGGAAGUGAUCAGAAGAUGAAGCCGAUCACUGACGAUGUGGCCUUACUGGGCUCAGCAGCAUUCCACCAAUCAUCGGGAGACGACGAGCAAUCUGGGCCUUCGUGGGCAGCAGAAGAUGAUGAUGAUGAUCCAGAAAAUAGAAUCGCUAAGAAAAUGCUUUUGGCCCAAAUCAAAGCAAACUACUCCUCGGGUGACGAUAUCUCUUCGGAUGAGGAGACGCAGGAGGAAGAAUCUGACUCGGAGGAUGAGAAGGAGGUCAAAGAAGCAAAUGAAGGAAAUGGAGCAGAUGGGAAUGGAGAAGACCUGACUUCAGAUUCCUCUGACGCUACGUCUGAUGGGCACAACUCCAGACAUCAUCUUCUCCGCCACAAACUCACCUUAGAUGAGGAAACACCUGGUGACAAGCCCACGGCAGAGAGUAAAGCAGGAGACCAGGAGGGCAAGCAGAAAGCCAGCAGGGACCAUCUGAGCUCUGAUGGUGACAGUCACGAGUCCGAGUCUGAGUCGGAGGAUUUUGGGAUGAGCGAGGAGCUGAGUGAGUCAGAGGAUGAGGACGGUGAAGGUGAACUCAAAAGAUUGUCCAAAAAAGUGAAGGAGGCACCCCGUAGUGACGAGCAGAAGAAAACGGUGCCCUGCAUUUGGUUGUCUGACACCAGCAGCGAAAAGAGUGAUAAAGAGGAUGAGGAUGAGAACGACGAUGGUAAAGGAACCCCCAAGGGACGCAAAAAGAUCCGCAAGAUCAUUGAAGAUGAGAAUCUGUGUGCUGAGUCUCAGGAAGCUCUCAGAGAGGAGGAGGAGAGGUGCAGACGUCUGGCAGACAGGGAGCAACAGAUGGAGGACCGGAGAGAGAUAAUUGUUCCCGAUUCUCAAUUGGCGUGUCCGAUCACCACCAAGCUGAUCCUGGAUCAGGAUGAGAAGACCAGGGAGCCUCUGGUUCAGGUGCACAGGAACCUGGUGACGAGACUGAAGCCUCAUCAGGUCGAUGGUGUGCAGUUUAUCUGGGACAGUUGCUGUGAGUCUGUGAAGAAGGCCAACUCUUCUCCUGGAUCAGGCUGUAUACUGGCUCACUGCAUGGGCCUGGGCAAGACUCUGCAGGUGGUAACUUUCCUCAACACGGUGCUGCUGUCCGUGAACCUGAAAUUCCGCACCGCUCUGGUCGUUUGUCCCCUUAAUACAAUCCUCAACUGGGAACGCGAGUUCAAGAAAUGGCAAAAGAACUUGGGAAUAGAUAAAGUAAAAGUAACACAACUGGCUACAAUAAAGAAAUCGCUGCGGCUCCAGGCCCUGCAGAGGUGGCAGAGAGACGGAGGUGUUAUGAUAAUGGGCUACGAGAUGUACCGCAACUUCUCCCAGCCCAAGAGCAUCGUAGACAAAAAGUACCAGACUGAGAUAAAAAGCAUCCUGGUGAACCCCGGUCCAGACUUUGUGGUUUGUGACGAGGGACACAUCCUGCGCAACGGGGCGUCCAACAUCUCCAAAGCUAUGAAUAACAUCAAGACCCAACGGAGAGUGGUGCUAACAGGCACGCCACUGCAAAACAACCUGAACGAGUACCACUGCAUGGUGAGUUUCAUCAAGAGGAAUCUUCUGGGCUCACUGGGUGAGUUUAGAAACCGCUUCAUCAACCCCAUUCAGAACGGCCAGUGUGCUGACUCCACAACCAAAGACGUCAGGAUCAUGAAAAAGCGCGCACAUGUGCUGUAUAAAAUGUUGGCUGGAUGUGUGCAGAGAAGAGAUUACUCAGAGUUGACUCAGUUCCUGCCGCCCAAACACGAGUAUGUUCUGGCAGUGAGGGUUUCUCCAGUCCAGUAUAAGCUGUACCGCUACUACCUUGACCACGUCACUGGUAUGGGCUCCAUGACGAACGGAGUAAAGGUGAAGAUUGGAGCGAACCUGUUUAAGGACUUUCAGGUUCUCAGCCGAAUUUGGACUCAUCCCUGGUGCCUUCAGCUCAACCACAUCAGCCGAGAAAACAAGCAGGUCAAUUAUAAUAAGAAGAAUAAAAAGAACAAGGCAGCUCAACUGAGAUUUGAGGGAACCACUGUGGCUCAGAGUGGACUCAGAGAGAUCAGAGGAAAUGAAGGGAUUAACAACGACGGCAGUGCAGCAGUUUUUGUUGGAGAGGAAGCAACCGGCAGCUCGAGGCCUCAGAGUUCACAUGAGAGAUGGUUCAAGAAUCUGCUGUCUGAAGAGGACGCCAACAUCCUGGAGCACUCGGGGAAGAUGGUGCUCCUGUUUGAGAUCCUCAGAAAGGCUGAAGACCUGAAUGAUAAAGUGCUCGUGUUCAGUCAGACGUUGAUCUCAUUAAACCUCAUUGAGGAUUUCCUCAAGGCUUCUCACCUUGCCAGACACUCAUCAGCAUUCAAAGUGGGCAGCUGGAUUAAAAAUGUUGAUUACUAUCGUCUUGAUGGUUCUACCAACGCUACGUUAAGGGACAAAUGGGCAGAUGCCUUCAACAAUGCCUCCAAUGUUCGCGGCCGAUUGUUUCUCAUCUCAACGAGAGCCGGCUCACUUGGCAUCAACCUUGUUGCUGCUAACAGGGUCAUCAUCUUUGAUGCGUCGUGGAAUCCCUCAUACGACAUACAGAGCAUAUACAGGGUGUACCGCUUCGGUCAGCUCAAACAGGUGUUUGUGUACCGCUUCUUGGCUCAGGGCACCAUGGAGGAGAAGAUCUAUGAUCGUCAGGUGACCAAGCAGUCUUUGUCCUUCCGAGUGGUGGAUCAGCAGCAGAUUGAGAGACACUUCACUCUUUCUGAGCUGAGUGAACUUUACAAAUUUGAGCCGGACCUGCUGGACGACCUGAACUCCAAGAAGAGCAGAAGAACCACCUCUGUUUUGCCAAAGGAUGAGGUCUUGGUACAGCUUUUAGAAACCUGUAAAGACCAGAUAGUGUCGUUCCACGAGCAUGAAUCUCUGCUGGACCACAUUCAAGAGGAGGAGCUCAGUGAGGCAGAACGCAAAGACGCCUGGGCAGAAUAUGAGGCCGAGUCUUUCAAACCUCCACCAAAUUCGAGCCAGAACGCCCUGCUCACAAAGACCAAUGAAGAGCUUGUGAAAUUGCUGAACAACAGCAGAGCGAAUGUAGAGGCGGCCUUAUUGUCGACGCGAAAGAUCAAUUCACACCCGAUCGAGGAUUACAUGUUAUGGCUGCGGCAGCAGGAUCCUCAUCAGCCGGAGGCCGCGCUGAGGUCCAAAGCAGAGGCUUGGAAAGAUUUUGAUACGAAGGAGCAGCAACGUAGACAGGCCAUUUAUAAAGACAUUUUUGCACAGCAACAAACGCUUGCACUCAGCAUUCAGGCCAUACUGAACAGUCGGCAGGAGAUGCAGAGAGCGGUGACCACGCCCGGACACACUGGACAAUAAAAACCUCUUCAGCAAGUGAAUGUAUGCUUUACUUAUCAGUAAACUUUAUUAGAUGGUAUGUAAUUAUAUUUUUCAUUCCUUGUGAUGUCAUUCACAUUGUUUAAAUCACUGGAAGUUUAGUUUUUUUAACACUUUGAGCACUUUUACUUUUGGUUUAGUUGUACAAAUAUCUUUUAUAAAGAGUUCUGCAGCUUCGUACCAUAAAUAAUUUGUUCAGUCAAUAGACGGUUUACACGCAGGUUUCAUGAACAUGCCUUAAUAUUUGGACUUGACAUGUUUUGCUACUAAAUCUUAUUUCACAUUAGAUUGUUUAUCAGUUGUUAUAAUUAUGUAAUAAAACUACAAAAUAAUUGAAAUUGGCUCUAGUUUUUACAUUUCUGUCCAUGUUGUGAUCCUUCAACAAGAUUCAGGCCAUUAUGGAGUUAGAAAAUAUAUUUUUGCUGUUAGUUUCUGUAACUGAAACAAAGAUUGUGGCAUUUCUGUCAAAAUCCCUUUAUUCUACAAGUCUCAUUAAAAAGGUUGCCAAAAAGAAAGUUUGCACUAUC